CUGCGGCCGCUUUUUACAGAUCUCAUCGUGCAGGCCAAGUCUGGCACGGGCAAAACCUGCGUGUUCUCCACCAUCGCCCUGGACGCGGUGCUGCUGGAGAGCCCCGCCACGCAGAUUCUGAUCCUGGCUCCUACACGGGAGAUUGCUGUGCAGAUUCAUGCUGUGAUCACAACUAUUGGAAUAAAAAUGGAAGGCUUGGAGUGCCACGUCUUCAUUGGAGGGACUCCUUUGAGUCAGGACAAAGUCAGACUAAAGAAGUGCCACAUAGCAGUUGGUUCCCCGGGUCGAAUAAAACAACUCAUAGAGUUGGAUUACUUGAAUACGGCCAGUAUCCGGCUUUUCAUUCUUGAUGAAGCAGACAAGCUUCUAGAAGAAGGCAGCUUUCAGGAACAAAUCAAUUGGAUUUACUCUUCGCUGCCAGCCAAUAAACAGAUGCUUGCUGUUUCAGCUACUUAUCCCGAAUCACUAGCUAAUGCUUUGACCAGGUACAUGAGAGACCCAACGUUUGUGAGGUUGAACCCUACUGAUCCAAGUCUCAUUGGGCUGAAGCAGUAUUACAAAAUUGUGAAUUCCCAUCCGCUUCCGCAUAAAACAUUUGAGGAAAAAACCCAUCACCUACAGGAGUUGUUCAGCAAGAUUCCUUUUAAUCAAGCCUUAGUCUUCUCAAAUUUGCAUAGCAGGGCUCAACAUCUAGCUGAAAUACUAACAUCCAGAGGCUUUCCUGCUGAGUGCAUUUCAGGUGGCAUGAAUCAAAAUCAGCGACUUGAUGCUAUGGCUAAAUUGAAGCAAUUCCACUGUAGAGUUCUGAUCUCCACAGACUUGACAUCUCGUGGAAUUGAUGCUGAAAAAGUGAAUCUGGUUAUCAACCUGGAUGUGCCUGUUGACUGGGAGACGUACAUGCAUCGUAUUGGCAGAGCUGGGCGCUUUGGAACUUUAGGUUUAUCUGUGACAUACUGCUGCCGCGGAGAGGAGGAAAACAUGAUGAUGAAAAUUGCUCAGAAGUGUAACCUUCAGCUUCUUCCUCUACCAGAGCCUAUCCCUCCUGGAAUGAUGGAUCAGUUAGAAGAUGGGGAGGUAGAAGUCAAACCUGUUAUGCAUACAGGUGCUUCAGUGAAUUCUGACACUGUGGGUCUUAGACCAGAGGAACCAGUACUACAGCCUGUCCAAAAUAGUUUUUCAGAGGUACCUCAGCCUCUUUCUAAUCUUCCAGUUCGUAAUUCUUCUGUAGAAAGGCCAAAAAAGACUCUGAAGCAAAAGCAGAUAAAAAAGUGCAUAGAUUCUGCAAAUACAGAAAAAAGUAGUAGAAACUCUCAAGCUUCCAGUUGCCACACAGAACAGAGGAGUCAAGUCAAAACUGCCUCCAGGAUGGAUGGACAACGUAACUCUCGGGCUCCAGAUGAGGAGGCCUUAAAAAAAAAUCUUCCCAAAAUUCCAUGCUUAUCAUCUUUCAAAAACCAACUGAACAAUCCCUGGAGCUUCUCAGAGUUCGUGGAAGAUUAUGAGUGUUUCAUUAAAGAAGGGUUGGACAGAGAGGUCGAAAUUUUAAGAAGCUAUUCAGGCCCAGGAAAACAAUGUGAGCUCCCCAGGAAUGGUGUAGAGUGGGAAGAGGUGAGACGUAACACAGAGACAGUAGCAAACGGUGUUGGGUCUGGUGACACUGAUGGUUCGUGCAGUUCCAGGGUUUCUUCCCCCAAUAACAGAGAAAACGUCUCCUGCUCUGAAGCAUUUUGUGAUACACAGACGAAUGCUGUUCCCACAGACCGUCAGGGUCAUGCAGGCUUCUGUCCCACACCAGAGAAACCUCAGGGACGGCCACAAGUCCCAAAGCAAAAUCAAAUGAAAAAGAAAAUUCUGAAACAAAAUGCUAAACAAAAGAAAAGCCAUUGCCAUCAGUUCCCUAGUCCUUCCACGAGAAACACUGAAGACAACCGUUCCUGCAGCUCUUGGGAUGAUGGUGCUCCAUGUGAGGCUUGGAGCUACAAAAACUACUGGAAAUCUUACUAUCGGGCGUGGCAGAACUACUACGCUGCAGCGUCCCAGUACAGGAGGAGCUGCCGGGAGCUGAACUGGGUGAGCGCCUAUCGCGUCAACGCCGUCUACCUGCAGGAGCUGCUCAAAAGUGGUGACUGAGGCAGUGACCCUGCUGCGAGGGGGCUGUGCCGGGGCGGGUGUCACCUGUGCAAACAACCGCUGCCCUCCAGGGACGCUGACAAACACAAACAGGCUUUGUUGAAGACUGAAGGCAAAUGUUGUCUUUCCUAAGCAGUGGUGUCUAGGUAAAUGUUUUACAUGCCUUCUGGUGAUGGUGUUACAAGUUUUUAAUAAAAGGAAAUGAAACGGC